AUGAGUAGAAAGGCACCUUCAGCAGCUUCAUUCCGCUGUCCAGCACCUGAUUGUAAUUCGUCCACACACUUAUUCGGCCCCGAACUCCACCUCGACAUUACUGUUUCAGAGCUCAUCAAACUUCAUCAAGAGUUCUUCUCAAAUGCUCCGUUGUUGCCUUUAUCACCUAUUAGUGAAGCAUCGUCGUAUUCUGGUUCCUUUUCUGAACAGCAAAAGAACAUUACAGACUUUCUUUCAUCAGAUGCUCUCCUACGCAAAUUAUCUACUAUAUUGACAUGUCAGCUUUGUCAUUCUAUGGUAUCAUCAGAAGAACCAAUCACGACACCGUGUGGACAUACCUUCUGUAAACUCUGUAUUUUACACACAAAGACUAUUGAAAACCGGCCUUGUUCACUUUGCAACCGUCCUUUACCCAAAUACAGCAGCUUAUCAGCACAGAAACCCAAUCGACUUAUUGCUACAUUUGUCAAAGACCUCACUUCGUUCUUAUCAUCGUUCCAAUAUGCCCGCUCCGAAAGUAACUUCCUUGAUUCCUUAGAUCUACACCAAACAAACGUUCCUUUGUAUGUUUCUAACGCUGUCAUUUUACCACAGCAACGUUGUCAACUUCAAAUUUUGAACGAAGAGCAAUAUAAUAUGCUACGGAAAUGCCUCAUUCCUUCAACUCGUUACAAUAGUCUUUGCCUGGCUUCAGUCCAUCGUAGCCAUCCAAAUGUCGCUCAAUUCGGCACGCUUCUCUCCAUUAUGAACGUUGAGCAUCGUCGCGACGCUAUUUUUCUCGACGUAGUAGGCGUUGAUCGAUUCCAGCUCGAAACGCACAACUUUCAAAAAGAUAGAGAGGGCAUCACUACUAUCUAUGGCACUUUUGACAUUUUGCAUGAAGCUACUCUACGUCAAAUCAGCUUUGAAUUACCCAACGCUCCACCACCUGACGAUCACAAAGCAUUACUUUUGCAAAGAGACCGUAUCUCCACUUAUGCCAUACAUUUGGCCGACAGCGUUUUGGAAUUUAUCCAUCAUAUAGCUGGGAGUUCAGAAACAUUUACAUUACCCAAGCUUAACGUUCUUCACGCCCAAACAGAGGGUCUCUUUGGUCCUCAAUGGCUGGCUAAAAUGCAAACACAGUUUGGUCCUAUGCCUUCAAAAUUAGAUCCAAUUGCUGUGGCAUGGUGGGCUGCUCUUGUGUUACUUUCGUCGAUUUACGGUCUUUUACGAAGUAUAACUAUCAUCGAGCGAUUGGAAUUAAUCAUCUCUUGGAUGCAAAAUAUCCAAGCUCAAUGGAUUCAAUGCCGUAACACAGCUAUACAUGCAUUUUCGCAAGUUCCUGACUCCAAAUGA